CUACAAAUGAUGUUACAUACCUGUGGACAGAAGCUUAUAGAACAGGAUUUGAAAAGAAAUCAACAUCUUUCUGUUGGGGGGAAUUUACGGUCUUGGCCUACCAGCGACAAAAUGAUGGCAAAUCCACUGUUGAAUAUCUUUUUCCUAGGAGUUAUGCUUCCUAUAGCUUUGUCCAUUGAACCGUUUUGCAGUAGGAAGAUGGACGAGGGAAAGCCAGCGGAGGGAAAGGAAGAUCUCACUAAACUGCAGUAUUACUACGAUGAGGGGGCAGGCAUCUGCUUUCCUUUCAUCUACAAAGGACUGGAAGGGAAUGAGAACCGCUUCAACACAGACAGGACGUGCAUGGAGGCCUGCUCUGCCAAGUUUGACGAGCUCUACCCAGCUGCAGGUGCAGUGUGUGACCUUCGAUUAGACCAUGGCAGUUGCUUUGCCAUGUUGUUGAUGUACUACUACAACGCAGUAGAGGGAACCUGCCGUAUCUUCCACUACGGGGGCUGUCAGGGCAAUGGCAACCGUUUCGAGACCAGAGAGCACUGUCAACAGACAUGCAUGGCCAAAGGAGCCAGGGGUGGUGCUGCUGCAGAGCCAGGAGCUAACCCAGAUGAGAGUUCCACUAAUGCAGGACUGAUCGUGGGUAUUUUAGGAGGAGUUGUGUUCACCGUGGCAGUGAUCUCUGCUAUUGUUCUCUUUGUUGUCCAAAGGAAAGGGACAUCAAGCAAAGAUGGGAGAGAGCAGGAACUACCUAUUGAGAUGUCCUAGAGAUGUUUACACUCGACACCAUUUUCAAAUUCCUUUUUUGCUUAGGAUUUCAUUUACAUUUGUUAGGAAUUAAAAUGUUGUACUCCAUUUAGGUUGAAUAAAAAAGGAAAAUGUA